AUCCCCAUGAUGCGCACGUUCUUCACUCUGCUCGCUUGUCUUUCGUCUAUUGUCUACGCCUCGUCGAGACAUCCCAAGUCGUCCAUUCGAGAGUUCUACGACCGAUUCGUUGCCGUGAACAACCAAUUUGCGGUGAAACUUCUGCAAGGCGCCAGAAACUCAAAGAAUCAUACAGACAACGUGUUCGUGAGUCCAUACAGCGUCAUCACGGGGCUCGGUAUGCUUUCCGUUGCGGCUCACGGCCAGACGAAAGAGGAAAUCCUUCGAGUGCUAAAUGCUCAGGGCAUGGGAAACAAGCAUGUAGCCAGCGCACUAGGAAAUUUGACCACUCUACCGAAUUAUACGCUGUCGGUUGCCAACAAAGUUUGGGCUCAGAGUUCUGUGGCCAUCUGCAAAGUGUUUCAGCGUCGUAUGCAAAAGUACUACUCGACUUCUCUACAGCAAGUCGACUUUCAGAGUAAUCCAGAGAUGUCACGUGAGAUGGUCAACAGCUGGGUGGAGAACAGAACUCAAGGUCACAUCCAGGAAUUGUUGCCUCCGGACAGUGUCACUCAUCACACGCGCCUGGUGCUCACUAAUGCAGUCUACUUCCAAGCAACGUGGAAUGAUAAUUUCAACAAAAGUGACACCAGACGUCGACCGUUCUCUAGCUGCACAGACAAUGGAAAAGAGAGCUCAAACGUGCACAUGAUGCAAAGAAUAGGCAACUACAAAUAUAAAUUAACACAUCUGCUUUCUGUGGGUGAUAUUGAGGUGCUCGAACUGCCUUACUCUGCGAGCAAUACAUCCAUGUUCCUUGUGCUUCCUCAACGUUCUGCUUGUAGUGCAAUAAAUAAGCUCGGAAAACUUCUCACUCCUGAUUUAAUUCCUCAACUGACCUCGGAUCUUGUGCUACAACCUAUCAAUGUCAGUGUGCCCAAGUUCACACUCAGUGAUGACACUCAAGUGGAUACCAUAUUUCAAACAAUGGGUAUUAAUCGAGCGUUUAGUGCAUCCCUUGCUGAAAUGUCGGGAAUUAACUGUGACAAGAUGAGCCCUCUGUACGUGUCCAAAUCAUUUCAUCAAGCAAUGGUGGUUGUAAAUGAACAAGGCACAGUAUCAGCUGCAGCAUCAGCGGAAACGCAUGUUAACAGAAUAGCUACACCUAUUUUUCAAGUAAAUCGACCGUUCUUAUUCAUGAUAAUGGACAAAGUUAAGAAAGCAGUGUUGUUCAUUGGCCAAGUUGUGAAACUCUGACCUGACAGGUGCUGCUCGUUAUCUGACUAGUGUGACAUUUGAAUUAGCACAAUAUUUAUCCUCUCUUCUCAGACUUAACAUUUAGUAAGCAGUGAUGACCUUCACUGAGAUUUUGGUCAGAGCUAUGGUGUUAAUUAUUAGUGUGACUAUACACUUGCUGGUACACAGUGUACACUCACGACAUAUCUUUUACGGUACAUAUUAGUACUGUCAUAGAUGUUAUUCUUGAGUAUAUCUUUUGGGUAAACUAGCCAUCUUCUCUAUGUUGUAGUAAAAUAUUUAGCAACAACA